ACUCGGUCAAAGGAAACGGCCGGAAGCAAUUUGUUUAUUCAUUAAACUAGUGAUUGACUGCAGCUGAAAAGUUAACAGAAUAAAACAACUACAACUGAGAGAGAUGAGAUGAUAUAAUGGUCUACGCCGUCUACGGUGUCUUAGGUUCUGAGGUGAAGUCGGGUUAUGCUCGUGUUUCGUGGAGGCAGACGCCGCUUUCGAUAAUAUAUAAGCAAAGCGGGGGCGCCGCGCCGCUCAGUGCUGCUCCCACGGUGUCCAACGUAGCCCACCAUGGGGAGACAGGUGUUGUUGGUGGUUCUAUACUGGCUGGCGAUCAGUGAGUCAUCUGUAAAGGCGGACAAGCCCGCCAAAAGUUCUAUAAUCAAAGACAAUGUGAGUGAAGAAAGUGCUCCGCGUCUCUAUCAAAAUGUGCCCCUCGGAGUGUACGCGAGCGCUGUGCCUUACCCCGCCGUCUCCUACCGGUACACUUCAUUACCAGCGGGGCUCGUGCAAGCCGCUUCCCGGGUCAUUCCAGUCAAGGAGGAACUCGUCCUACACAACGCCAAAGGAUACUUGAGGGAUUCCUAUGGAAAUCGUUUCGUAGGCACUCCCUUUUCGGGCGCUUACAAAACUUCAAUCCCACAACAGUACGUGCAAUUACAAGAACUACCAGCGCAUCUGACGAAGCCGAUAGCCGUGGCUCCCAAUUAUCAAGCGAAACUGCUCGGACCGCAAAUAAAAUUGGGACCUCAGUUCAUACCAACAUUUCGGGCAGCCUCACCGACGCCGUUAAAUCAUUUUUACGGUUCUUCGUAUCCUGUGGCGUACGCUCAAAAUAUAAAAAGCUUGGCGCCGACUUCAUUCCAACAAGUUCACUCUCAUUCACAACAGCUGCAGUCGCCUCAGCAACAAUCAAGUAGUAAUCAAGCCGUGUAUGCCGACACACACUCCGCAGAGAAAUACAGUCAAUACAAAAAUGAACCAAAAUUCCAACGGUUACAAGAAAAGCCUACUAUUACAUACGAUAAUGAGCCAAAGGUAAACACGAAUGGGGUAAAACAGGAGAUAUUACAUGAACAAUCACAAAUAAAAGCAAGUCCUGAUACACAAACGUACACCACUAUAGUCAACGGUAAGAAAACUGUAGUACAAGUAGAAACGAACCCACCCUUGCCUUUAUUGGAUCUGACAUUAUUGGAGCCCUUGAAAUUCGACAAUCCUUCUCCGGUUGUGCCACAGAUUGCGCAAUUUUUGCCUAAAAUAAACCAAGCGACAUAUAAGAAACUUCCAGAAUUCCAUAAACAACAAAAAAGCAAUAGCGGAAAUAAAAUACAAGGAGAUGUUGAAAUUAUAAAAGGACGAUCUAAGGCUAAGCCCAAAAAGAAACCAAAGAAACCUGUAGUACAUAAUAAUGACGUUCCCCACGUAAGAGUGCCUGUUGAACCAAGUAUAACUUUCAAAGGGAAACCAAAUGAAAGUCCAGAGUUUUCGUACGAAAUAAAUGCACCAAACUACAAGGAAACUUAUAAAGAACAAACUUUGAAAUACAACAAAGAGACAAGCAAGGAUCCCGUUAGUUAUAGUUACAAUCAUAAAGAAGAGAAAGAUCCAGUUAAUUACAGUUACGGUAGCGUUGUGCAAAAAGAACCGGUUACCUAUAGUGUCGUCCACCACUCUAAUGGUCCAGGUCAUAAAGAAGUGCAUCAUCAUACCAAUGAGCCGCCUAAACAACUGAUAUACACAUUCAAACCAGAAGACCAAAGAGAUGAUGUAGAACAUAAUGCCGGUCCUGUACAUCAACAUUCACCUCAAAGUGAGUCCGGUGAAUCUAGUUCGGCUGAGGAAGCUGAUGACGGAGGAUAUCCACAGCAACAUCCGCAAUAUCACGAAAGGCCUAGUGAACCCUUGAGGCCUCAUGAUAAUCGUGGUUAUCACGACAGGCCCGCCCAUCACGAAAGUGAAUAUAAACAAAGACCGCUGGAAGUCGAACAUAGACAACGGCCGUACAAUGAAUAUCAUAACGAGAGACCUUCAUCACAAGAGGAAAGGCCUCAUCAUGCUGAGCAUGCUCCGCGUCAACACGAUAGACCAUCCCUUUCCUACCAGCAACCAAUACCAGUCCCAGUACAAUACGAGCAGGAGUUACAGCCGAUCACGACUCACGAAUAUGAAGAAGAACUUCGAUUACUGCCAAGUCCAAGCCCCGCCUCUAUAAAAGUGGAUCCCAAUCAACAUGUUAUUCGAGAGGAACAGCAUCAAAGACCACGUCCUUCUCCGCAUCCUUAUUCAUCUAAUGAAAAUCACGAAGAGUAUAAUAAUCAUCAGCGACAUCCAAAUCAUCGCGAGCAUCAAGAAUCCUAUGGCCCUACGCCGGUUCCCGUAAUUCACGAAAAAGGAAAACGCAUUAUUAUUGAACAAGAAUCGCCAGAUGAAAGGCACUCCCAUAAAGAGCAGAUGGUUGCUGAAAUGUUGGAACACGAAGAAAACAAUGAGGAAGAUUUUGAGAAUGCCUACAAAAAUGCAGCUUUCGGUUUCCCAGCUUUCCAUCGAAAACAAGAAGAUGUAGAAAAACACAUUUAUAAUCCUGAUAGCUAUGGUGAAUCACACAAUCAGGGUUUUACCUUUGACGAACGUCCCUUUGAGCAAUAUCAAGCUGAAGGGGACGAUUUCCCAAAAUCUGCACGGUUAAAAUAUAAAGACGCCAAUGAAAAUACUAAGGAGGAUUAUUUCUUAGAUUAUGCCGUCAAUAAACCGACGAGUUUGAGAGAUCGACAUAAGAAAAAACAGGAGUAUUUCAAAUUGUAUGAGAGUUUUAAACCCGAGAACUAUUUUGGAGGCGAAAAUAAAGAAAAGGAAAAAGAAAAGUAUACUAUCGCCCCAUCCUUUGUGUAUGUGAACGAUCCUGAACCAAAAAAGACAUCUUAUUUCGCUCAAUAUAAGGCUGCUCCACCGAAAUUUUCGUAUACUUUCAAGAAACAAAAUCCUCGCGAUAAUUCUGCUUUUGCAUCUCGCCCUUUCCAAAGUUUCACGAGAAAAACAAACUUCGUAGAGCCGCAGUUCCAAUAUGGUUUUGAACCUAUAGCGUUACCGCGCCUGCUUGACAGCGAGUUAGCAGCGAUGGCAAGCAACGACAGUCCUGAAAGUGAAAAGCCGGCGCUUAGAAAAAAGAUCUACAAAGAAAACUGGUAUAUUAAGAAAACUAGUACAGCCGGCGGCGACGCCAGCUGAUACUAGUACUUAAGUAUUUAUUACAUUGUUAUGGUUAGUUAUCAUGUAUUUUUAAGCGACUAUUGUAAUAAAAUCUA